AAAGAAGAGAUAUUACUUAGUACUAGUACUACUACCCGCCCACCUCGUCUGUUCUCUAGUUGAGAAACACCAACAAAGAAAACAUUUUCCUCAUUCAAUUCCUUCACAGAAAGAGAAAGAGAGAGGGGGAAUUGUAUAACCAAAGCAAAGCAAUCAAAGAAGAAGACGUUUCAUCGUCAAUAUAUAUAAAUGUUGUGUUGUCAAUCUAACCUAACAAAAACCACUCUUUCAUAAAUAAAAUCCCAUCUCUUCUUUCUUUAUAGAUCCGUGAAAUCAGGUCUUCAACUAGAUCGAACCAACACACACGUUCCAUUCCUCUUUUUUUUUUUUUUUUUUGAAUUUCUUUGGGUGUAAAUUUGAUUAAAUUAAAGGUAGGGGGAAUUGAAUCUGAAAUUGAAUCAAGAUCUGAUUUCAGUUUGUGUAUAUAUUGGAAUUGGAUUAAGAUUAUUUUGUGAUUUGGCGGUGAGAUCUGAUUGGAUUGUUAAAGUGAGAUUUGAGUAAUCCUCUGGAAAUGCAGUCCUAAGCUUGCUAGUACGUUGGUAUUGAGGCGAUGAAGAACGGAAUGGCAGAAUGCAGUGUCUGCCGUUCCAAAUUGGUUUCAUCACCAAGCAAGGCCGUCUCAAGGGCUUAUGACAGGCAUAGGAGCAAAGUAUCAUCAAAGACUCGUGUACUCAAUGUCCUUCUCGUUGUGGGAGAUUGUAUAUUGGUUGGUUUACAGCCUAUCUUGGUCUAUAUGUCGAAGGUGGAUGGAAAAUUCAAGUUUAGUCCCGUUAGUGUGAACUUCUUGACAGAGGCUGCAAAGGUUCUCUUUGCACUUGUUAUGCUCUUGAUCCAGGCCAGAAAUCAAAAGGUCGGAGAGAAACCUAUACUGUCGAUUUCUUCAUUCACCCAGGCCGCUCGCAACAAUGUCCUUCUCGCUGUUCCAGCUUUUUUAUAUGCCAUCAACAACUAUUUAAAGUUCAUCAUGCAGCUUUAUUUCGAUCCUGCGACUGUGAAGAUGCUGAGUAACUUAAAGGUUUUGGUAAUUGCUGUUCUCCUAAAGGUAGUAAUGAAACGGCGACUUUCUAUAAUUCAGUGGGAGGCUCUUGGCCUUUUGCUUAUUGGAAUUAGUGUCAACCAGCUUCAGUCACUGCCUGCGGGAGCUACAUCUCUGAGUAUCCCACUCGCAAUGAGUGCAUAUAUAUACACGGGGAUAUUUGUAACGGUUCCAUCUAUGGCAUCAGUUUUCAAUGAAUAUGCUCUGAAGAGUCAAUUUGAUACCAGCAUUUACCUUCAGAAUUUAUUUUUGUACGGGUAUGGAGCUAUAUUCAACUUUCUCGCAAUUAUUGGAAUCGCCAUCUUCAAAGGGCCUGGUAGUUUUAAUAUCUUGGAAGGCCAUUCAAAAGCCACUAUGCUUUUGAUAUUCAACAAUGCAGCACAGGGGAUUUUGUCAUCAUUCUUCUUUAAAUAUGCAGACACAAUUUUGAAGAAGUAUUCCUCCACUGUUGCAACAAUUUUUACGGGAUUUGCAUCUGCUGCAUUAUUUGGGCAUAGACUCACGAUAAACUUUAUGUUAGGAAUCUCUAUUGUGUUUAUCUCAAUGCACCAGUUCUUUUCACCUCUUGCGAAAGUCAAAGACGAAGCGCAAGAUGGGCCCCUGGAGAUGCAGGAUGUACAAAAGGGACACAGGACAAGUGAUACAUCCUUCAUCAAUAUGACAGCAGGAGCAAAUGACGAUGCUAGCCAUCGUGUUGGACUUGAAGAGCGAAAACCACUUCUCCCCAUCUGAAGUUACUUUUAGAUUACUGUGACUUAAAUGAUUUGCCGUCAUUGGUAUCUCGAUUUGCAGGAAAUUUUGUUUGAGGAGAUUCUUUUUGGCUGGCCUUGUUGUGUGGUAUAGAAGAUAAGCCGGUUCUUAUGGAAAAUCAAUAAAAUAUAAUUGGUACACAGGAAAAUUCUUUUUUCGUUAUUUUUCUUUUUGUCUGGGGAUCCUUUUCGUUCCACAUGUGAUCCCUAUGUAGCUUAGGCCUUCUGCUAAACCAAGGAGAAAACAGUGGACGAACAGUGAGUUAAGCAGCUAGUCUGGAGAUCAUAAGCCAAUUUUAUAUCUUGCUUAGAGAAGAGUUAAGGUUAUGCUCCAGACAAGAUAUGCUCAGUUCAACAGUUCAAGCAAAGGAAUGUCAGAUUUCUCUCUUACAUGCAUUUACACAUUCAGCAAAUGUAUGGUAGUAACAGCAUACAUUUUGUCCAUUACAAGCAGAAAACAAUUGAUACUCAAUUUAUUGUAAUUUUUCUUUUAAUUCCCAUGAACUUAUAGUGAACGAUAGGGGGGCGAGGGGAGUUCUUAAUUUUCAACACGAAAGAGAAUAUAUUCAUUUUAGAAAAUUUUCAUUCCUCAAA